GCAAAAAGGAUUUUCUUCAUCAUCAUCGCUCACCCUCCCCAUAGUCACACCACUAUCCAUCAAAUUUGAUUUUCUUUCUUCCCUAAAACUUCCAACAAUCGAGCAAAAAGGAUUCACAUCUUCAAUCUCAAUUCUCAAAUAAGCAAAAUCAAAGUGUCAACCUCAAAUCCUCAAUCUUGAGAUUGAAAAUCUAAGGUAAAGUAGUGUUUCUGAAGAGAUAUCAUUUUAUCAACUGAGAACAUAACAAUUUUGUAGUUUCAAAUGGCACUGGUUGUAAUCUGUGGUCAACCAUGCAGUGGAAAAUCCAAAGCUGCGUUAUGUCUGGCGGAAGCUCUCAAACAAUCUUCAGAAUUGAAAUAUCAAGUGAGAAUCAUAGAUGAAGCUUCUUUUCAUCUUGAUCGAAAUCAAAGUUACGCGAAUAUGCCAUCAGAGAAGAAUUUAAGAGGAGUUCUUAGGUCAGAAGUUGAUAGGUCUCUGUCAAAAGAUACUGUUAUCAUCGUUGAUUCUUUGAAUAACAUUAAGGGUUAUCGAUAUGAGCUAUGGUGUUUGGCUCGUGCUGCCGGGAUUAGAUACUGUGUUUUUUACUGUGAUGUUGAAGAUAAUGAUUGUAGAAAAUGGAAUCAAGAGCGUAGGGAGAAAGGUGAGGACAACUAUGAUGAUGUAAUAUUUGAAGAUUUGGUAAGGAGGUUUGAGAAACCGGAGAGAAGAAACCGAUGGGAUUCACCUUUGUUUGAGUUGAAAUCAGCAUCGUCUUCUUUGUCUGAUUCUGCCUCCAUUGUAGAUGAUGCUGUCUCCUACAUAACCAAAAAACUGGACUCCAAAACCCGUGAUGUGAAGAUAUUGCAACCAUCAAUUGCAACUCAAACAAAACGUUUUUCGGAUGCAAAUUCUCUCCAUGAGUUAGACAAAGCAACACAAGAGGUUACUAAUGCUAUAGCAGAAGCUCAAUCUCGUGAUCUUGGUAUGCUACCAGCUAAUGGCAUUUCUAUAGGGAAAGAUUUUCCUCCUAUCAAUCUUUCAAGAUCAGUUGGGUUGCCAGAGCUUCGCAGGUUGCGACGUACGUUCAUGAAAUUAACAGGUCAAACAAGUUUGAGCGGGAAACCUCCUCCUUCUGAUUCAGAUAGUGCUAAAAGAAUGUUUAUUGAUUACUUGAACAGGGAACUUGGAACUUCAUGAAGAAAAGUAUGUUGCAGUAAUUUUAUCAUUGAAUUUAUAUGUGUGCUUGAUUAAUUAAAUACAGAGAUGUUUUAGAUAUUUACUUAGAGCAUUGUUGAUGAAUAAACUGUUUAUCCCCUCUAGUUUUUAUUGUAAUAUCAAUUGAUUGCUUCUCUCC